CACGUGGCUGCAACUGUUGGCAAGGAUGAAGAGGACGAUGUAUGGGGAAAACCCAGAAAAGCAGCUGAUGAUUUGUACGAGAUUAGGGACACUUUUCCCCCUCAAAACCCAGAUGAUAAAACCUCUAAACUGCAACACGAAUUCGAUCUCGCUCUCAAGCUCCUCUAUUCCAUUCCUGCUGAACAAAGAAAAUUGCCUGUACACCGCGCAACAUACGAGUAUUUAAGAGGGAAGAUAUUAGAUGUUGUACCUGACUAUAGGAAAGAAGCAGAGGAUCAUCUCUCGAAAGCAGUUAAACUGAAUCCAUCUCUUGGAGAUGCUUGGCUCUGUUUGGGUAACUGCAUUUGGAAGAAGGGAGAUUUAACUUCAGCAAAGAACUGCUUUAAUCUUGCACUAAGCAAGGGUCUGAAUAAGAAGAUUCUGUGCCAAUUAUCAAUGCUGGAAAGAAGAAUGGCUCAAGGUGCCGAUAAUCAGGCUGAAAUGGUUGAGGAGAGCAUUCAACAUGUCAAGGAAGCUAUAACUUUGGAUGUCAAGGAUGGUAAUUCUUGGUAUAAUCUGGGAAAUGCUUGCUUGACAAGUUUUUUUGUAACUGGAACUUGGGAUCAUAGCAAACUUCUUCAGUCUUUAAAAGCGUACCAAAAUGCCGAGAAGGAUGAAAGAAUGAAGUCAAAUCCAGACCUGUAUUUUAAUUGUGCAACAGUAAACAGAUAUCUAGAGAAUUAUGAUAGGGCUCUUGCUGGCUUUGAAGUUGCUGCCUUGAAGGAUCCAAGUCUCAAUGCUUCUCAGGAGGUUGAAAAGAUGGUCAAUCUUCUCGACAAACUGGAGAAUUUGCUUAGGGGACAUUCCAAGGCAAAAAGACUUGCUUCAUCAUCAAUUGGUCCUUUUAAUUGUAAGCGAUCUGAUCUUUCUACUGUGUUUUAGUCGUUGGUUCGUAUUAUUCCAAGUGAGCUGCUUAUAAAAAUUAUGA